UUCGCUGCUGGGACAGCGACCAUGGCUAAAGGAUGUCUAAUUCUCUGUGUCCUGACUGAAGUCCUGCUUAUCACAACAGCCUAUGGGAAAGUUACAGUAAACUGUCCGAGUCAAAUUGGAACUGGGGGAGGACCAUUACAUCUAACCUGCACUGUUGCAUGUGAUGGAUGUAGUUCCACAAAUGCAUAUUUAUGGAAAAAAGCAAACAAUUUUGUCUCCUGCAAGGAAAAGGAUCGUGUCAUCACUACUGGCAAAAGUCAUACAUUUAAUUGCACAAUUGAAAAGACAUUAAUGGAAGUCAAUGGAGCGUUGACGUUUUGGGCACAAAUGACAGCUGGAGUUGUAUCUACAAAUUUCAACGUGACCAUCGUACCGCCUGUUAAUCCCACUAGACAAUUUUCUUUGGCUGAUCCAGACAAAAACAAACCACCUGAAGAAAUGCAUGAUUUACCUCCAAACUCACGUACAGCUGCAGUGGCUCUAACUGUUGUAUCAUGUUUCAUCAUAAUCAUCAUGGUUACAUUUUUCUUAAAAAGAAAGAUAAAUGAUAAUAGAACAUUUUCAGCACUAUGCACUCACAGAAUGAUCACAGAAACUGAUACACUGUAAUCAUAAAACAUGGUUGUGUCAGGCUCAGAAAGAGUGACUGAGUAUAUGAGAAAAUGUGGGGUUAAGAGGGAAAAUACAACCUCAGAUAUAUGGCUGAAAAUGGACUGGUGUGAAAUGAUUUCGGUUCUUACAGUGGCCCCUAGGGUUAAAGUACAAAAGUGAAAGUACACAAAAUACAGAAAGGCGGAAGUAAUAAAGAGCAGAUCUUUGGCUAUGUUUUGUUUUGCGUGUACUUUGACUUUGGUAAGUGUUUCUGUGUUUAUCGCUUGUUCCUUUAAUCUUUGUUCUUUCACUUCUGUAUACACUUUAUCCAUAGUGGCCAGUGUAGGUUCUACAAAGGUGGUAAUUGUCUUUAAAUACACUGCCUGGCCAAAAAAAAAAAAAUGAAAGAAAGAAAAAUGCAGACUGAGAUGGUUACAGCACACAAUAUGGAGUCCAGUUCAUGUGUUAAUAAUGAUUCCUCAUGCUCCCAGAACCACUAUUUCCUAAUUUGUGUCAUGAAAUAUGGCUGUGCCAUAAGAAAAGGAAAACGCCAUGACAGUGAUAACCUGGUCAUUCAGUACAUCCAGGUUAUCAGCUGUCUUCAUUUUAUUGCCGCAUAAUGUUGCUGACCAAUGAAGCAAUCCUAGAUCAUACCACUGCUUCCAGAGGCUUACAGUGGGCACUAUGCAUGAUGGGUGCAUUGCUUUCCCUUUCUACCCUGAUGCAGCCAUCGCUCUGGAAAAGGGUCAGUCUAGAUUUAUCAGACCACGUUACUUUUUCCCAAUGCUCCAAAGUCAAUCUUCAUUCUCCCUAGCAAACUAAAGCCUUUUUUUCUAAUGAAACACAACUGUUUAGUCCCAAUUCUGUGUAGUCACAACAACCCACAUCACAUUAGGUGCGCACAGAAAUGCUCUUACUGUUGAUUUUUGUUUUACCUUGAAACUUCACCAAGUGUUUAAGUGAGCUCCAUUCAUGUUUUCCCACUCAUUUCAUAAAGUAUUUUUUUCUGACAACAUUUUUUUCACAAAGUUGAUGGUUCAACACUAUCCUUCCAGGUGUUGAUAACAUGUUCUUUGAUAAUCGUUUCUUAGCCCAGUUUCGGGAAUUUCAAAUCUUUAGUUGUUUACUCUCCUUGUUGCAGUCCAAUAAUUUGACCCUUCUGAAAUGGCAAUUUUUUUUUCUGGCCAGGUAGUGUAUCAGAAUUGGUUUUAACAGCAGCUUUUUUUUUUUUUUGCAUUUACUACAUUAACAAAAAUGUAUAGGAAUAUAAUUAUAGCUUUAUAAUUCUCAA